AGACCCCGAAGAGGUGAGGACUCCUUUACACCACAUAGAACCUAAAGUACACACAGUACCUCAAAGUACACGCAGUACAACUAGAAGUACACAGAGAAGACUUGAAGUUUUAAGACUUCCUUUCCUUCACUCUGAUCCGUCAUGGAUAUCUCGGACCCUCAGACACUCGGCUUCAUGGUCUUUGGAGGAUUCAUGUUCCUCUCGGCGGUGGGCAUCGCUCUGGUCUCCACGCUCUCCAUGAAGGAGACGUCGUACGAGGAGGCGCUCGCCAAACAGCGCCGCAAGCUUGUCCAAGUGCCGCCGCAGAGAGCGGAGAAGAAGAAGAAGGACAAGACCCUGGAGAAGAAGAACAAAGCCAGGAAGAAGGAGGAUCGGCCCGACAACAAGCUCUCAGAACUAGGCGGCGACGGCGGCGAGGAGCCGGAGGUGGCGGCUAGUCCCGAGCCAGAAUCUGAGCAAGAACCUGCUACCACCCCCGAACCCAAACCAACACCUGAUCCAGAACCCAACGUGGUUGCCGCCGCCCCCGUCGAGUGGCCUCUGGCCCCCUCACCAAAGGAGAGGAAGAAGAAGAAGACAGCCAAGGUGGAGCCAGCUGCUGUGGUGGAAACGGCUGCUCAGGAAGUUCUGCUCAUGGCCAUGGCGCCGGUGGUGAACGUCGGCACUGAAGUCACCAAAGAACAUUCUGCUACUAAAACUGAAGACCCCAAAGAGACGGCGAGCAAGAAGAAGCCCAAGAACAAAGCUGAGCCAGUGACCGACUCCUUCCCGAUGCUGCCGUACGGCGAGCUGCUCGCCGCCGUGUCGAACACGACGCUCAGCCACGACCAGAUGCACAAACUCACGGAGGUCCUGAACCAGAAGGCCGGUGUUCGUCACGACUCCUGGCAGCUGGCCAGUCAGAAAGGAGAUCCGCUGUCCAGUCUGAAGAAACAGCUGGAGGAGAAGGAGAAGCUGCUGACCAGCGAGCAGGAGAGCGCCGCCAACGCCAAGAGCCGCCUCCGAGAGCUCAGCAAGGAACUCGGUGCAGAGAAAUCCAAGACGGCGUCUUUGGAUGCCCGUUCGAAGGCGGAGCUCAGCGCUCACGUUCAGAAGGUCGAUGCCAUUCGGGCCACAAUGGAGACGGCUAACCAGGAACACCUGAGACAAACCCAGCAGCUCAACCAGAAGAUCGGGAGUCUGCAGGAGCAGCUGGAGAACGGUCCCAACGCUCAGCUGGCCCGACUGCAGCAGGAGAACUCCAUCCUCCGAGACGCCCUGAACCAGGCGACCAGCCAGGCUGAGAGCAGACAGAAUGCAGAGCUGGCCCGUCUCAGGCAUGACUGUGUCCGUCUGGGUCGGGAGUUGACCGAGCGUACCAACAACCUGCAGGCCGUCGAGGAGCGCAGGAAGAGCCUGGAGGCCAAGAUGGCUGCCGCAGAGCAAGAACUGUCCCAAUCCCAGCUGCUCCGUGACGACACCGAGCGUGCUCUGAAGCAGCUAGAGGAGGUGCGUUUGGAGCUGAAGGUGUCGCAGCAGGAGGCCGCUGCCAUUAGCGAGCUCAAGGGGGCGCUGGAGUCCAGAGACACCGAACUACAGGAGCUCAAGGUCCAGCUGGAGAACCAGCCUGCUGUCCAGGUGGACGGGUCAUCUGAAGUGGAUCAGCUGAAGCUUUGCGUGCAGCUCAGAGACGACACGGUCGUUGGUUUGCAGGCGGAGCUCACUCAGCUGAGGGCGGAGCUACAGCUGCUGACAUCAUCAGCAUCGCAGAGACUGAAGGGACAGGAAGUGGAAGCAGCAGCAGGUGCCGAGACGCAGAAAGCCGAUUCAGGAAGUGAGACGGACUCUGAUCAACCGUUUGAAAGUCUGGAGGAAGACUCUCAGCUGCUGCGACUGGAGGAAGAACUUCAUCAAACUCACAACGAGCUGAAGGAAAAAAUUGCGUCGCUUUCGACUGCAGAGCAGCGAGAGGCGGAGCUUGAAGCGGCGCUGACUGAAGUACAGAGCGGGUUCUCAGCCCUGCGUUUGGACUUUCAGGCGUCGCUGCAGGUUCUAUUUCCUGGCAUCUCCAUGGAGACGGAGCAGGGAAACUGGCUGGAACUUUUCACUCAGAAAGUUCAGGAGAGUAAAAGUGCAGCAGAGAGCGCUCACUCUGAGCUGCAGUCGAAGCUCAACGAGGCCGACAGGAAGCGGUCCGAGCUGCAGACGGAGUUCCAUCAGAACACGAAGCUGCUGCAGGAAACGGAGGCGGAGCUUCAGGCUUUACGCCGACGCGCCGAAGAAGAAGAAAACGUUUGGAAGAACAAACUGUCUGAAGCAGAACUGCAGAAAGAAACGGUCCUGGAUCAGCUGAAGCUGCUGGAGGAAGAGUUUCAGUCCAUGAGGACGGAGACAGGAAACACUCAGCAGUUGAAGGAGCAGAUGAUGCUGCUGGAAGCUCAGCUGGAGAAACAGCUGGAGGAGGCCAGCGUCAGCCAGAGCUGCACCGAGGAGCUCGCUCAGGUGCAGUCUCAGCUGCAGGCGGAGCAGCAGCAGCGGCAGCAGCUGGACAGACAGCUGCAGCAGGCUCGACAGGAAGUUGUGGAGCUGCAGCAGCAGGUGGAGGCUGAUUACAGAUCUGCUGCUCCACUGCAGGAGAUGGAGGAUGUGGUCCAGGUCCAGGAGCAGGAGGUCCAGGUCCAGGAGGAGGAGGUCCAGGUCCAGGAGAAGGAGCUCCAGUUGAAGGAGGAGACGGAGGUCUGAAACACUGUCCCUGGUGUGUCGUUUCCAUGGUUACAUGUGUGACUUCCUGUCUGGUUUUACUGAACUGAUCAAUAAACAGAAACGUGACUCA